UCCGAAGCAGAAGACGUCGGUAAUGAUCCUACUACGCUGGUCGCCAACUGCUGUUAAAAUCCAAGAAGAAGAAGAAGAAGACGAAGAAGAAGAAGAGGGAAAGGAAAAGGAAGAAGGCCAGCGUUUCCAUAACAGACCCAUGUUGUGUUCGUGGGCUUCGAUAUGGUCCUUCGCAGCAUCAGGGUUGCUUUGCAGGAGUAGUCAACGCGUCCUCCAGCUCACCAAGACACGGGGUCAUUCUGACAGCAUUAGGCUUUUCCACAAAAACGCAGUGCUUCGUCGUGUUUUAAAGCCAGCCAUCGCGCCGGGAGCACGUCCGGGCGUUACUUUCACGUUCGGUUCCGGCUUUGACGUUCAGGUCUCCAGAAAGAUCAGCAUGUCAUCCAGCGCGAUGUCCCAGAGGAUGGUCUGGGUGGACCUGGAGAUGACAGGUCUUGACAUUGAGAAGGAUCAGAUCAUUGAAAUGGCAUGCAUUAUCACGGACUCGGACCUGAAUGUUUUGGCUGAGGGGCCCAACCUGAUAAUUAAUCAGCCAGAUGAGGUGCUGGAAGGGAUGUCAGAGUGGUGUAAAGCACAUCAUGGAAAGUCAGGACUGACCCAAGCUGUACAGGACAGUACAAUUACCCUGGAACAAGCAGAGUAUGAGUUCCUAUCCUUUGUCAGACAGCACACCCCACCUGGACAGUGUCCCCUUGCCGGUAACUCUGUGCAUGCAGACAAGAGAUUUCUGGAUAAAUACAUGCCACAGUUUAUGUACCACCUUGACUACAGAAUCAUUGAUGUCAGCACCAUCAAGGAGCUUUGCAGACGAUGGUUUCCGGAGCAAUACAAGAUGGCACCUCAAAAGAAAGCCACCCACAGAGCUUUAGAUGACAUCUGGGAAAGCAUUCAAGAGCUGCAGUACUACAAAGCCAAUGUUUUCAAAGCAUCAACAGAGGAAAAAAUGUGCAAGACUGUAGAAAAUGGAAGCAGCAACAAGAGUUAGCACACAUACAUGAGAUUCUGCAGUCUUCAGUUGUAUUGCUGCAAUUCAUCAAGAAAAUUUAAUCAUUCACUGUGAUUUGUGUCUGCAUUGAUUUUAGUUUGUGUUCAUAGCUACCUAAAGAUCCUUUGUUUUCAUAUUGUUCCAAUGUUGUACAUAGAGGUUUCAUCCAAAGGAGCUAGAUUGUAGUAAGACUUAAUUCAUACAAAUCCUUUUUUCCCCUCAAAUUUAAAAUGGAAACAGUGAAUCUGA